GCCGUCACAUAAACUUGAGGGGUCAUCCCCUCUUUAAACAGCCUCAAAGAAUUUCAGGUUGUGAAUCCCUGUGAGAGAGAGAGAGAGAGAGAGCUAUGGUUUCUAGGGAGAACAAGAAAGCAGUUCUGUGUGAGAAGCUGCAACAACUUCGUUCAGUUACAAACUCUGAUGCAAUAAACAAAACCUCAAUUAUAGUUGAUGCAUCAAAGUAUAUAGAAGAGUUGAAGCAAAAAGUAGAAAGAUUGAAUCAAGAUAUUGCAACUUCACAAAACUCAAGUGACCCAAAUCCACUGCCAAUGGUUACAGUUGAAACAGUGGAAAAAGGAUUUCUAAUUAAUGUGUUCUCAGAAAAAAGUUGCUCUGGUUUGCUUGUCUCUAUAUUGGAAGCCUUUGAAGAGUUGGGUUUGAAUGUGCUUGAAGCUAGGGUUUCUUGUUCAGACAAUUUCCGUCUAGAAGCAGUUGGAGGAGAAAAUGAAGGACAAGUAAAUAUAGAUGCUCAAGUGGUGAAACAAGCAGUGUUGCAGGCUAUCAAGAACUGGAGUGAAAGUAGUGAGCAAGAACAAUAGAAAAUUAUUUAUUAUUUACUUUUCCCUAUCUUUCUUUGUUGUUACUCCCUUUUUUAGUAGGUCAAAAAAUUGUCUAAUGAAGGAAAGUUAUCAGUCUUCUUUACAA